CCAAGGGCAUUGUCGUCCAACAUACAAGUCACUAGGGCCCUAGCCGCCUAGAGCCCCCUCCUUCCUUCUGUGUCCAAUGCCCAUCACAGAAACCCAAGACGGAAUUUUCCCAAAACAAAUCCAAAUUCCACGGCCACUGACUUCCCUUCUCAAUUUUCCAUUUCUCGUCAACCAGAGAUCUCGCCUUCUCGCUCCGCACCCGAGCCUACGCAACGCUCGCUCGCAAAGAAUCCAUGCCCUCAACCUCAAUUCAAACCCCUUCCUUCAAUUCAAAUAAUUCCCAAUCCUCCUAGGUUACGCUUACACGACGUAAUGAUUUGCAUGUGAAAGUUUGUUGAUUUUUUUAAAUUUAUCAAUCUGAAUUUUUCCGUAGAAUGCCGGAAAAGCUGAGAUUAUGACAUUUUCCCUGGAAAAUAAUGAGGGCAGGUUCUUUGUGGGCCGACGAGCCCAAUGCUCCGUCUACCUCUGUGCCGCGCAUUCCUCAGCCCCAUCCAUGCAAGCACAGUGUUAGCAAUGUCCUUAGACUGUUAGCACGGAGAGAGGUUUCUCCUCAAACAAAAAACUCGUCAAAGAAACUAUGGGGGGAAGCUUCUAAGUCUCAUUCUGAUUCUAUUGGCUCAAGGUGCGAAGCAGCUAGAGAUGCUAGACAUGGCCUUGUCUCAUGGGUGGAGGCAGAGUCACUACAGCAUUUGUCUGCCAGAUAUUGUCCGCUUGUGCCACCUCCACGGUCAACUAUUGCAGCAGCCUUCAGCCCCGAUGGAAAGACACUGGCUUCUACUCACGGAGACCAUACUGUAAAGAUUAUUGAUUGCCGAACUGGGAUCUGCUUAAAGGUGUUGAGUGGUCACCGUAGGACACCUUGGGUGGUUAGGUUUCAUCCUUUGCAGCCAGACAUUUUGGCUAGCGGAAGUUUGGAUCAUGAAGUUCGCUUGUGGGAUGCAAACACGGCAGAGUGUAUAGGAUCACGUGAUUUUUUGCGUCCCAUUGCUUCGAUAGCUUUUCAUGCCCAAGGUGAGCUUCUUGCUGUUGCGUCAGGUCACAAGUUAUACAUAUGGCACUACAAUAAGAGAGGGGAGACAUCCUCACCAACCAUAGUACUGAAAACACGACGUUCACUUCGGGCUGUGCAUUUUCACCCGCAUGCAGCUCCGUUUCUUUUAACUGCCGAGGUCAAUGACCUUGACUCAUCAGAUUCCUCGAUGACACUUGCAACUUCUCCGGGUUACCUGCGCUAUCCUCCACCUACUGUAUAUUUGGCAGAUGCUCACUCUAGUGAUCGUUCUGGUUUGGCAGAUGGACUACCUCUUAUGUCUCUACCAUUUCUGAUAUGGCCUUCAUUUGCUAGAGAUAAUGGGAGAAUAUCUAUGCAGCGUAGUGAUCUGGACAAUGGUUCAAGUAAUGCACAACAAAGAGUUGAUCCUUCAGCUUCAGUGCGGCUUCUAACAUAUUCAACUCCUUCAGGGCAGUAUGAACUUCUGUUGUCCCCAAUUGAACCUAAUAGCUCUUCUCCAGUGCCAGAAGACACAGGAACUAAUCCUUUCUUGAGUGAAAUGGAAACUGAAGUUUCUCAACCUGCAAUGGACAGUUUGGAGCCUAUGGAAAUUCAACCAGAAGGGAGAAGUAAUCAUAUUUUCCCAUUUGGUGACUCAACAUAUUGGGAACUUCCUUUCUUACAAGGGUGGUUAAUUGGUCAGACCCAAGCUAGCCAACGGAAUAUGCGGCUGGUAGGUGAUGCUGCACAUGAUAAUCCAUCUCCACACGGUGAGAUGGAUAAUACAGCUCCCUUAACUUCCUCAGUAAUACCGACCAGUGUGAAUCAAUCCAGGGGUACUGGAAGAUCUAGUUCCCGGCAUCGUACUUCACGUACUCAUAUGGUGCCAACAAUUGGGUCUAAUGAAGGUGCUGGAUUCAAUAAUAUCACACACAGUGAAAGUGAGCCUCAACCUGUUGUGAACAGAAUCCAAUCUGAACUUGCAAACUCAUUUGCUGCAGCAGCAGCUGCAGAGUUACCUUGCACUGUGAAGCUCAGAAUUUGGCCACAUGAUGUGAAAAAUCCUUGUGCUCCCCUUGAUGCAGAAAGAUGUCGCUUAAUCAUUCCACAUGCUGUACUUUGUAGUGAAAUGGGUGCCCAUUUUUCCCCUUGUGGAAAGUUUUUAGCCGCUUGUGUUGCAUGUAUGUUGCCCCAUAUGGAAGCUGAUCCUGGAUUACAGAGCCAGGUCAACAAUGAUGUCACAGGGGCAGCAACUUCUCCAACUCGACAUCCAAUUUCAGCUCACCAUGUCGUAUAUGAGCUCCGGAUAUAUUCCCUUGAGGAGGCAACAUUUGGCAUGGUUCUUGCAUCCCGGGCAAUAAGAGCUGCCCAUUGCUUGACAUCUAUUCAGUUCUCUCCUACAUCAGAGCAUAUAUUACUUGCCUAUGGCCGUCGUCACAGUUCACUUCUUAAGAGUGUUGUCAUUGAUGGAGAGACAACAGUGCCUAUUUACACCAUUCUGGAGGUCUAUAGAGUUUCUGAUAUGGAACUUGUGAGAGUCCUUCCUAGUGCAGAGGAUGAAGUCAAUGUCGCUUGCUUUCAUCCUUCAGUUGGAGGUGGCCUUGUCUAUGGAACUAAGGAAGGGAAGUUACGGAUCCUCCAAUAUGAUAGUUCUCAUGGAAUGAGUCAUACAACAUCCGCUUUUCUUGAUGAAAACAUGCUUGAGGUCCCAACAUAUGCUUUGGAAUGCUAGGAACUAGCCAUCCUUUUCCUCUUGUGAGACGAGCCACUCAGCUUAGCUGGGUGGAAUCACGGUGCACACAUGAAGUUGAAGCUUGUAGCGAAUUACACAGUUCAAUUUACCUGUAACGGUUAACCCUGUACCUGACUGUUGUUUCUUCAGUCAAAUGCCUGUGAAAUGCUCCAUUCAGAAUCAAAAUACAACUCUAUAAUUUUUCCUUAAUUGUUUUUUUUAGAGUAAAUGCUGUCUACACCACUAGGAAAUUUAAUUUAACAAGGAAAACUGAUAAGUAAGAUGGAGCAAAACAUGUCAAAGACCAUGUUAUUGUAUAUGCUUGUUCAGGUUCCAUUGGACAUUGUUAUUAGGAAUGUAAUUUCUUCUCUUUUUUUUUUCAAUUUUUUUUUUCUUUAUCCCUUUUUGGUCGUGAACAAGGCAUUAUGUUUUUAGGCCCCUAUAUAUAGGCCUUAAUUGUAAAAAAGGGGAAAAAAAAAGGUUUCUCAUUGGUUGUUGGCCUCCAGUUAUGUAUAAUUCUUUGAUGUAUCACUAGUUGACCAGAUGAUUUUAUGCGAAUGGUGAACGUUGCCAGUCUCUUGGUUUA